AUGUUAAGGGUUUUAGGUCUUGUCCUCUGUGGCCUGCUGAUGCCAUCUGAAGGGCUGCGAGUGGGAAGCACCAUCAUCCCCCAGUCGUCGUAUGCAAGGGCUUGCGAAGAAUCAAUGAGUGGCCUUUUCGAGUCUGAAUCGAGGAAUAUCACAUUCCCUGGAUUAAAAUUUACCUCGGUGUUUAUCAAAGACUUGCACGUGGCUACAAUUAUCAUCUACCCGGUCAAGAUAUUGUGUGUUCCUGGAGUUGGGGUCAAGGUGAUAUUUACUGCUAAACUCCACAUCCUAGGCACUUGCACCAGCAACAUCCUCCCAGGCAUGGUCACCAUCAGCCUGAAAGUACGCUGCAUUGCUCUGGUCCUGCUGCCCCAGUUCUCGCCCCUGAGCAACACCAUCCCCAUCAACAGCUCCAAGUGUGCCGUGGCCUUCCUCAAUGUCACGAGCAGCUUACCCGACGUCAAUGCAGGCGUGAUGGCCUCGCUACAGAACAGCGUCACGUUCGAGAUACAGACCAAGAUAUCCAAAAUAUUCUUCAGAUGUCUGUCUCUCGGGCACGCAAAGAUGCUGGAUGAUCUGACGUCUGCGCUUCCAAUUGAGAAGGGGAAAAUCCAGUAUGUGAUUCAACCUCCGAAGGUCCACAACCGCACUAUUGAAGUCCCUGUCCUGACUGAGUAUGAGACUGACAAUGGAGAGAAAAUCCUCAUCCCACCCGAGCCAGACGAUGAUAUCAAGUUGCCGGAAUAUCACGAGACUUCUGAGGCCAUCGGGCAGAACAUACUCACUUUUAUCCUCUCCAGGAUUGUCUUACCGACACCUCUGUCCAUCCCUUGCACUCCUGCGACGUUUUACGAAACGACCACGCUCGAGAACAUUAUCACGGAUCUGAUCAUUUCCAAGUGCUCGACCUGCCCGGCGAUCUAUAACUCGCUCAUCAUCAACAUGAAGGUGCUUAAGCCUCUGGAGGUCUACUUGGACGUGGGCGUGUGCAACAUGAACAUCUCUCUCACCCUGGAGAUUGUCACUAAGCACGGGAAUGGCAGCUUGAUUCCCCUCAUAAAGCUGGAAGUAAGACUUGCUUUGACAGCUGUACUUCAAGUUUUCAGCGGGAAAGUGUGGUUCAUUACAACCCUGGACAGAUUGCACAUCAGAUGGAUUUCCUCGAUAGUUGGACGGGUUAAUGUCGAACGCCUUUACCCAACCCUGAAAGUUUUUAUAUUGAAAAUUGUAAUAAAGCUCAUCAACUUUAAUCUCCAAAAAGGGAAGUUCCCACUCCAUAAAUGGCCAGGAUUGAAACCCAAAGCUGCCAAGUGCCGUUUUGCUAAGGCAUCACACCUGAAGAUGUUGAAGCUUUUGGGGAUUGUCCUCUUCUGCGGCCUGCUGACCCCAGUGCAGGGACCGGAUCCUGGUGUCAGCUUUCUUGUCAGUCGAGGGGAAACUGUAAAUUUUAUUACAGAGACCCUGGUCAAGGAUGGACUUCUCCUGGAGAAUCUCAAGGCCAUCGAGAUCCCAAACAUCGUGAGGGAAGGGAGCCUGCUCAGCGCACUUUUAAAGAUAACUGGAUUGCGUAUUGUCGAUGUGCGGCUUCCCGUCGUGUCACUAGAGCUGCUGUCUAGUGUUGAGUGCCGUGUGAGAGUCUACACCAAGCUAGAAAUCCAGGGUGACUAUUCGUUUGGCGCCGUUCCUGAACCAAUCGACAUCUUCGCGGCAGUGAACAUCACAGUAAAACUCAGGAUUGCGGACUACUCAUCAGGCACCUACCAAGUCGUCUUUGAAGACUGCCACUUCGUUCUUGUCUCCAUCGACAUCAGCCUCCUCUCUGGGUUACUGCCUGUGUUGGUGAACAACUUGGUGUCCAGCACCCUGAGGAAUACGCUGCCUUCCCUGCUGUGUCCAGUCCUUUACACUGUCUUCAACUUUGUGAAGACGCAUAUGGAGUCCACUGUGAACGUGGUACUCCAGGUUGGUGCAGUCGGGUCGAUCGAGUAUCAGCUGGCCAGCCUUCCCCUGCUUUUCAAGCAACACACUCGUCUGGAUUUGAGUACUGUGGUGCAGCCAGCGCAAGGAGGCAGAGUCGCCCCCCCAGCCGGCUCUGCCCCCGCUGCCCUGCCUCCGCUGCGGGGCAACGUGCUAAACCUGGGGCUGACGGAGGCUUUCCUGAACACCGUGCUGCCCAUGCUAACCCAGAUCCAGCGCCAGGUGUUUGCCUUCAGCCCUGACGCGGUCUCCGAGGCCCUGCAGCUCACGGAUGCCAUCCUGGCUCUGAUUCCUCCUGGGUGUUCCCGCUGCCCGGUGUCGACGCCUCUGAGCAUUGCGAUAACAGAGGCUGGAGCUCCCCUCAUUGCUCUAGAAGCAAACAAAGCCACCGUCAAGCUCCCUGUCCGCAUCCUGGUGUUCACUAAUCUCACCGAUGGCACCGUCCUGACCGUCCUCGCCCUGAAGGCGGAUCUCGCUUUGAACGCCGGCAUCUCCGUCAGCGACAACCACCUGCUGUUCGAAGCGUCCCUGGACAGCGUUGCUCUCGUCUUGGAAUCGUCCGACGUCGGCAUCGUCCACGUCUCCGAUCUCGUGCGGCCGAUGCACAUCCUGCUGGAGGGAGCAUACGUGCCACCCCUCAAUGAGGCUCUGCGUGUUGGCAUCCCGCUCCCAAAACUGAUGGACAUCGACUUUACUGGGGCUGCCGUUCAAAGUUUGGAGGACCUGCUCAUGUUGUAUGUGUGAGCUGGAAAGCCCAAAGCAUGAAGAGGUCUUUCUCAGUACACGACUGGCAGAAGAAAGAAACACCGGAAAGGCACACUUCAUCUGACAUUACCCUUUCUCUCUCUUAGUCUUUUCUAAAUUUGAUUAGAAAAAGUUUGGUUAGAUUUUCAGACAGUUUAGACCUAAUUUGCACGUGUAAUUACUAAAAGGCAUCUUCAGAAUCAAGCAGUGGGUCGGUGAGAGGAUGCACGAAUAUAUCUAGUUGGUUGACUUCCUGCGGCUUGUGUGAUAGGGGUUUCGGUAGCUGUGUGCGAGGUGAGGGGGCCAAGCUGUGAAAAUCUAGUGCCUUGAGGAAAACUGGAUUAAGUUUUACAUAGGGGGAAGUGCGCUAGGUUUAGUGAGAAGAAAACACAUUCUUGCUGCAGGGAGUUUUCCCCCCUCGCUAAUCGAGGGAGUUUGUAUCAGGACCACGAGCUGAGGGAUGGACAGCCGCGUUUGACUUCUUGUGUAACUCCUCUAAUAAACAUU